AAUCAGGGAAUAAGUUAUCCCUGAAUUCUAUAAGAGAAGGUGGGAGGAGAAGUGCGAAGUUUGUCGGUUUGGCGUCGGGUGAAUUGAUGGUGGUGACCAUGACCUCCUGGAAGCUUCUUUCGACCCUGGGCCUCCUGUGUGUCUUGCUAUGCAUCUGUCCGACGAUGGAACUGGACACGGUGUCCUCUGUGUCGCCUUUGCCAACUCCUGCUCCGUCAUGUUCUGAUUUCACUGGAAAGAAAUGUGAAAUGUGUAUAAAAAAUACUGCAUGUCUUUGGUGCAGUCCAAAUUCUACUUGUAUGGAUUAUCCUGUAAACAAAAUAAUUCCGCCAUCAUCAUUGUGUUCACUUACGAAGUCUUACUGGGUAAUAUGUUGGGCAAGUUUGGAAGCAAUCGUCAUCGCUAUAGGUGUUGUAGUAGGCAUCAUUCUGGUGUUUAUAAUUUGUUGCUCCUAUUAUUGCUGUCGCAGAUGUUGCAGAUGUCGCCGGAAGUCUGAAAGGAGAGUAACUAGUGAAGAAGAAGAAACAUUUAUUGGAGAUCGGGAAGAAAAACGACUGCAACAUGCUCAGCGGAAACAUGAAAGAAAAGCGAAAUAUGAUGAACUACGCAAAAAAUAUGGUCUGCUCCAGGAUUCCGACCAUCCCUAUAGUAGAUAUGAAAAUGAAUGAAAAAAUAGUACUGCUGCCUUAAAACAAAACAUUGUUUUCAUUGCACCAAAUUUGUACAUAAAUAUUCAGUAGAACUU